AUGGUGGCCACCAAGAAGACUAAGAAGUCCCAUGAGAGCAUCAACAACAUGUCUGCUCGUGUCAUGAAGAGUGGCAAGUACACUUUGGGUUACAAAACUAUGCUUCACACCCUAAGAAGCUCCAAAGCGAAGCUGGUUAUCAUUACCAACAACCGCCCUCAUUUUCGGAAGUCUGAGAUAGAGUACUAUGCGAUGUUGGCUAAAGUUGGGGUUCACCACUACAAUGGGAGUAAAUUUCUUAACCUUCUUAUUGCCUUCUACUCAUAUGCAAAUGUGAAAGAAGGGUUAGAUUUUUUUAAAGAGGCUACCAGCAGAAUAGGGUAUGGUGAGAAGAUAAAGACAGCUAUCGAUGUUGUUGCUACUGAUUUUUGCAAAGGUGAUGAGUUCUUUCCUGCAAAUUUCCUACACUAG